ACCAACCGUACACACUCUAACAAUUCACACACACCUUCCAAGGAUCAGUCAGACCCACAGCUUCGUCUGCGCUCUUACUCCUACUCCUCCCCCAAGACCCAGCUUUCACGCCCCCUGUUCACCCGAGAUGCAGCGAUCUCUGACCUGACAGAAGAGCAUAGAGACUUCAACUUGACUGAGACACCCAGAGAGAAGAGGGAUGUGGGUUUCCGUAAGAGGGUCCAGUCUGCUGAGGACGAAGGCAGCUCGUCAUCAUCACUCCAACACCUCACCCUCUCAGAGUUCCUCAAAGAGAUUGAGGACGAGGAGUGGGAUAAAUACAUAAUUCCCUCCAAAGUUGAGUCAGAGAAAUACAAAGUCAGCAGAACCUUCAGCUUCCUGAAGAGCAGGAUGUCCAGCCCACGUAACAAGAUCAAGGUGAAGGAGGGAAAAGAGAAGACUGGAAAGGAGAAGACAGGAGCAACUAACGUACACCAGUUUGUGCCAGUCUCUCCCUCAGGACCCUCUGGGCUGUCUGUAUAUGUGGCCUGUGACAAGCCUUUCCCUGGGAAAGAGUUUCUGCAGUGUACCAACUGCUCUCUGAGUGUCCAUAAGGGCUGUCGUGACUCGACUGCAGCCUGUGGGAAGAGGCCUCUGGAGAAGAAUGUGGCGAUGUUAAAGUCCAAAUCUCUCCCACACAUGAUGAGGGAGGGUUCCCCUGCCUCCCUCACCUCUUCCUCCUCCCUCCUCACCAUGCUGCCAAGAGGCAGAAAAUAUAUGACUGCUCCCCUAUCUAAGAGCCCCUCUGAGUCUACAGACCGGAGGCUGAGGGAUGCUGUGGGGGUCAGUGUGGACAGUGACGUGUGGAACAGCUGCUCCCUUAAUGAAGAGGGGUUACAGGUCACAGGGACCACAUCAUCCACAGACUACCAUCUCACCACACAGGAGUCGGUCGAUACCCCCCUGCUCAGCGACCUAUCGGCUGACCUGGUGGGGUUUGAGGUGGAGUCCUGGAGUCUGGCCGUCACAACUGAGUUCUGCAGAAAACACGACAAACACACCGUCAAACGUCAGGAUGUCAUCUACGAGCUGAUGCAGACAGAGUUGCACCACAUCCAGACACUGACGGUGAUGUCCGAGGUGUUUCGUCGAGGGAUGCUGGAUGAGCUCCAACUGGACUGGGAGUGUGUGGCUCGCAUCUUUCCCUGUCUGGAUCCUCUCCUGCUCUUCCACAGGAAUCUCUUCGGAUCUCUACAGGAGCGGCGAUAUGCUUCAGCCCAGCCCGGACACCCACACAACUACUGCAUCCACAGUAUAGGGGAUAUACUGUUGCAACAGUUCUCAGAAGACAACGCUGUGAAGAUGAAGCAAGUGUACGGAGAGUUUUGUAGUCACCACACGGAGGCUGUCAAAGUCUUCAAAGAGCUGCAGCAGCAGAACAAGAAGUUCCAGGUGUUUGUCAAACAACAGAGUAACAACUCUCUGGUCAGAAGAAGGGAGGUGCCAGAGUUCAUCCUGUUAGUGACUCAGCGCAUCACCAAGUACCCUGUACUACUGGAGAGGAUACUGCACUAUACACCCGAGGGCAGUGAGGAGCACACUGAGCUGUCGCGGGCACUCACUCAGGUGCGUGACAUCAUCACUGCAGUGGACACGAGUGUGAGCAAGUACGAGAAAGCCCAGGAGCUGCAGGAGGUGUUGAGUCGCGUGGAGAACAAGAGCCUUUCCAAGCUGAAGAGCGGCGAGGUGUUCCGCAAGGACGACCUGCUAGGAAAACACCAACAGAGGGAGCUGCAGCACAAGGGACUUGUCUACUGGAAAACCGCUACGGGACGACUGAAAGACAUACUGGCUCUGCUGCUGACUGAUGUCCUGGUGUUCCUGCAGGAGAAGGACCAGAGACUCAUAUUUGCUGCCGUGGACCAGAAGCCCCCAGUCAUCCCCCUGCAGAAGCUAAUUGUGAGAGAGGUAGCCAAUGAGGAGAGAGGGAUGUUCCUAAUCUCUGCCUCCUCAGUGGGGCCUGAGAUGUACGAGGUUCACACCUUCUCGAAAGAAGAGAGAAACGCCUGGAUGAGACACAUACGACGGGCCGUAGAGAGUUGUCCUGAGGAGGAGGAAGAGAGAAGUGUUGAGACUGAGGUCAGACGGAACACUGAGCUGAGAGUUCAGAAGAUCUACAAACUCCAAGACACCCUGGCAAGUCAGGACCAGCGUAUCUGCAGUGGUCUGGAGGAGAAGCUACAGCUGUAUGCCGAGCUGACAGAGUUAACCCUUCAUACACCAGAGCCCCUGCCACAGCACCACCUACUGGUCCAACCAGACCCUGAUGCUCAAAUGCCACCGCAGACCACUGCACUACUCACAGCUGCACUCAAAGAGGCGGAGAAGCUGAUGUCUACCUUGCAGGCCAAUGAGGCCCACACUGAGCCCAGCCACAGCCCCCCUGUCAGAGUCCCAGAGUACUGCAGCUACAACAGCCAUUACAGGAUCCAGGAGUCACCCGCUGAGUUGGACUAUCCGAGCAGUGUGAGCUCGGCCUCUCUGGUGUCGGAUGGUGAGUGGGCAGGGCCAGACACCAUCUUGUGGCACUCUAUAACCGAGCUGAGGAGAAGAGACACCAAUGGAGAACCAAUGAAGGUGGCAGAGAGUGUCCAGAGCCUGACCCAGCUGCUCUAUAGUCUGCAGGCAGCUGUGACCAUCCAGGACAGCUGGUAUGAGGUUCAAAAGCUCCUCCUACUGGAGCUAGAGCACCCGCUCCCACACACCCCCUCCUGUCUCCAUGGCAAUGUGGCCCAGGAGCAGGAGAAACAGCGGAGUACUGAGAAGAAAAAGGAGGAGGUAGAGAGGAUGAGUGUGGAAAGGAAGAGAGAGGAGGUGGAGGGAAUUCAGAAGCUACAGGGGAGGCUGAGACAGGACCAGCAGCGCUGGGAGAGAGAGUGCCUGGCCAGGGAGAGACAACAGGGGGAGAAGGUGAGUCUGUUGAAGCAGCGCGAGCGACAGUGUCACCUGGAGGCUGAGAGCCUGCGCCGAGAGCGGGAAGAGCUGGAGCAGCAGCUGUUGGAGUACCAGAAGAACCUAGAGAGGCUGAGGGAGGGUCAGAGGAGCAUGGAGAGGGAAAGGAACAGGGUGGAAGCCGAGCACAGGCUGCUCCAGAGCUGGAGACACAACCGCCAGAGCUCCCUGCCUAUUAUGAUAUCGCUGGACCUGGAACAGGUGUCCAACCACAGUCGGUCAGGCAGCCUGGACGGCAACGAGGCUGCUCUUCUUCAUUCCCUCCAACAGAAUCGUCUCCACCACAACCAGCACCAGCACCAGAGCCUCCACUCUGGCCUGAGAAAGAGCCAGGACAGCCCCCUCCAUAGCGCCAACCUGAGCCUCAGGCCCAGCCUCUAUUACAGCCUCAACACUCUGCUCAGCCAGGCCCACAGUAAACCAUCCACAGAAUUACUGACACACCAACACUACGCUCACCCCCAGCACAGUCACCUCCAGUCAGGAAGCUCCCCAAACAACCCCUUUAGGAGCAGGUUCACCACAGGACAUGAGGGGCCCAACAACAACAAUUUCAGCCCUCCACAGGACAGGCUGACCCUGGGGUUGUUGGGUUCAUUGGGGUCAGGGGUCACAGGCCUGGGUCUGUACGAGGAGAACUUCCCCACCUCGGCAUCCCUCACUCCUCUCCUCACCCCACAGGCCUACUUCUCUUUGAAUGGAAAGAACAGUGAGGAUGGGGGAGAGGAGAACAUUGUGUACCUCUGAGGAAUGACAAGACUGAUGGAGUGAUGGGAGAGAAGUGUGCAGUGCCAACUGCCUUAUGUACAUCUAUCAAUGUACCCCCUCUCUGCCUUUGUGUGUGUGUGUGUGUGCAUGUAAAUGUUUUUUACCAAAAAAAUGGGUUUGAGUUUUCGUCCGGAAGCGACGAAACAAAAAAGCAUUACAUUUUUAUCUGUAUUGUACUGUAUUGUUUGCAUUUUAAUGUAGGCCUUUAGGGAAGAUAUGCCAUUUGAAUGUUUAUACUGAAACAUUUAAGUUCAUAGCUUGUUUGAUAAGAUUAGUUCAGAUUUUCUCAGGGGACACCACUUUGGGCCUUGACCCCAACUUUAGGAACCACUGUACUAACCUCCCUCUCUGCUUGCUCCCUCUCUCAUCUGCUUCCGCCUUGCAGCCUGCCUUAGCCUCACAUCACUGUCUGUAUCAGUAGCUCACUCUAUGAAGCAAAGUUACAACUUUGUGUUUUUUUUUCUCCUGCUGAGGUAGGCUCCGUUUAACGUUAGCUUCUUACUUCAUCCUUCCAGCUGGCUAAGUAAAACUAGCCAGAGCCCUUCAACUUACUGCAAUAAGUCUCUGCCAGCAGAUGGCCACCUGACUGACAUAUCUAUAAGCGACUAUUUACCAGUUGUGCACUCAUUCUCUGAUAAUCAUUUUUUGUUUGGGGGGUGUCUGUAGACACGGCUGGAGUGCGGGACAGUUAAAUUGCCUUUAGUCCGACAUCUCGCAAACACUGUCAACAUUGUCUCUAGACUAGUUUCUUAUUGAGCCGAUUGCAAGCUGGGGUAGUUAAUUUCACGUCGCUCUCGGCCUGUGCCGCGAAAGGGCAGAGUUAACCGUUUGGGAGAGUGGAGAAUGAGCUGCUACAAAGGCAAAUCCAGGCGUACAUAAUGGACAAACCACUGUCCAUGAUUCCACUCAUUCGCAAAGAGGCAGGCGUGAUUGGAAUUCAGUCAGAUCAAUGAUAUAAGCAUUCUGAGCUUUGAUCAACGCUGGGAGCAAUAUUUAGAUGUUGACCCGUAAUAGAGCUUUAUACACUGAGUAUACCUGUAAUAAUGGAGCUGUGAGUCGGGAAGCAGGUGCAGUUGAAACAUUUCCAUAUGGCUACACUCUGGUACACAAGAAUAAUACUAACUGGUGAGUGAACAUAGGAGAGUGACUUAAAGGGGAAGAAAUUAUGAAUGAAGUCCAGAUGUGAAUCAUAAUGAUUAACAGGUGCAAGUAAUGAUGAGUGCCAGGUGUGCGUAAUGAUGAAUCCCAGGACCGAUGGUUAGUAUUCCGGCGACGUUGCAUGCCAGAGGCGGGAGGAGCAGGAGAAGAUGUGACAAUACCAAACAUUAGGAACACCUUUCUAAUAUUGAGUUGCACCUCCUCUUUUGCCCUCAGAACAGCCUCAAUUUCUUAGGGGCAUGGACUCUACAUGGUGUCGAAAGCAUUCGAAAGCAUUCGACAGGGAUCCUGACCCGUGUUGACGCCAAUACUUUCAGUUGUGACAAGUUGGCUGGAUAUCCUUUGGGGGGUGGACCAUUUUUGAUACACGGAAAACUGUUGAAAAACCAAACAGCGUCGCAGUUAUUGACACACUCAAACUGUUCAAAGGCAUUUUAAUCUUUUGUCUUGCCCUCUGAAUGGCAUGCACACAAUUCAUGUUUAAAUUGUGUCAAGGCUUAAAAAUCCUUUGUUAACUUACCUCCUCUUCAUCUACAUUAAUUGAAGUGGACUUAACAAGCAACAUCAAUAAGGGAUCAUAGCUUUCACCUGGAUUCACCUUUUUAUUCUAUGUCAUGGAAAGAGCAGGUGUUCUUAUUGUUUUGUAUACUUUUUCAUUUUUUGGUCCUCAUAUUUAGCUACUGCCAUGACUGAAAGUAUGAUCUUUAAGAAAAUACAGGUGUAUAUUGCCAAUUUUUUAGUUCCUGUAUGUAAUCAGAAAUAAGUGCCUGUUCGUACACACUGUUAGAAGUAAACCUGCCUGGAAGAACCUUUUUGAGCGGAACCUUUCCAGUUCAGAGGUUGUUUGAAGAACCCCUCUUCGAGGGACCCCUGUGUAAAGGUUCAAACCGGAACCUUUUUGUGAUGGGAGGGGUUCAAAUCUGACUCAAUUUAAUAAUAUAUGAUAGGGCCUCUCGAGUGGCGCAGUGGUCUAAGGCACUGCAUCGCAGUGCUAGAUGCGUCACUAUAGCCCAAGUUCGAUCACGGGCUAUAUCCCAAUCGGCCAUGAUCAGGAGUUCCAUAGAGUGGCCCAGCGUCGUCCGGGUUAGGGGAAAGUUUGACUAGGGGGCUUUACUUGGCUCAUUGCGCUCUAGCGACUCCUUGUGGCGGGCCGGGCACCUGCAGGCUGACCUCGAUCAUCAGGUGAACGGUGUUUCCUCCGACACACUGGUGAGGCUGGCUUCCGGGUUAAGCGGGCGGGUGUUAAGAAGCGCGGUUUGGCGGUUCAUGUUUCAGAGGACGCGUGAUUUGACCUUCACCUCCCGAGCCUGUUGGGGAGUGGCAGCAAUGAGACAAGAUUGAAAUUGUUACAUAUAUAUAUAUAUAGUAGAUGUGGCAGCCUAUUUGAAGAUUGGAGGCGUGGUUUUUUGGGCACCCAUGAGAUUAAAUGUUAUUCCUGUUCAAUCAUGUUAAGUUUGUACACUGCAAAUUUCAAAUUUCCUUCAAUAUUUAUGCAUGUUACAUAUUCUAAUAUAAUAUUAAUAAGAAUUUCAUCAUAAUAAUAUAAACAUAGCUGAUUACAUAUAGUAAUAAAUUGUAACUAUUCCAACUUUGGGAAUUGCAUAGGCUCUCGAGGAACUCCUAAAUCUCUGUACGCCUCAAUGAAGCUACAAAACUGUCAGUGUUCAACUUUAACAUGUGAUGACAAUAGAUAUGAACAGGAAUGACAUUUAAAAAAUAUAUAAAUCUUAUAGCCACGCCCUUACUAAGCCAUGCCUCCACUACAUGGUUCCUCCAGGAACCUGUUGUUACAUUGCAACGUUAAAGGUUCCUCCAAGGAUCUUUCAACUAACCAAAGGUGCAAAUAUGAACUAUUGACUAGCAAUGAUUCCUUGAGGAACUCCAGGUGAUCCUUGAGGAUCUCCGGGGUUCCUCGAGUCACCAUUAAUUCUAGGAGUACAGUAUGUGUUUUAUGUAAUUAACCCUCUCUUUAGUGGAUACUCAAACCAAUUUUCCUUUGUGCACAAAAGCUCCUUAAAACUAUAGGUAUUUUAAUUUGGUGCACUUUGUGUUAUUGUGCUUCCCUUGUCAAAACUAGUUGCACUUUUAUGAUGGUCUUAAUUUCCCUCGUUGAAAUACAGGAUUGCAGGGCACUCCCAUAAGAGGUUAGGACACACUCUCAUAAGUGUUAAAGGUGUAGUUUGUUCAAAAACUAUAUUUUAGUAUUUUGUUCACUAAUCAGCUGUUAAAAAAGUCAGCAGUUAAGUUUAAGAUAAAGCACUUUCAGUGCACAGCAAAAAAAUGUAACAAAACAAUUAACUGACGACAUGCACAUUUUGGGGGGAGUUUUUGGGAUCUCUGAGUUUUUAUCUACUAGGGGCCUUGGGAAGAUGUGGGGGGGUGCUGUGAUUUUGUUGUUGUUGUUGCAUGCGCUAUAGAUGGCUAUAUAUCGGUCCGCUAAUACAGGACUAGUAAAGGCCAAGUGCACUACUUUUGUGGAAAUGUUUAUUAAUAUUUUUAUUUUUAUCCUGAUUCUUUGCAGGGUGCUGCAGCACCCUCAGCACCCAUACUCUACUAUGUGCCAAAUGUCCAUUGUCAAGAUGUAGUUUGUUUAAUAGAGCUUGCUUAUUACUCUAAAGAGAAAAUACAGAUUACGUGUUGGUUUGUUUGUUAUUUAUUGUGACGUAUUCAUGCACUGUCAGAGUGGUGCCAUAUUAACAAUAUACUAUAAAAUGCAUAACCAACAA